AAAUGACAAUUAACAAAAGAAUGUAGUUGUAAAUAUUGAAAUAUACUCUUUAAAGUAAAAGGGUUACCUUCGGUCAAACAGGUAAUCAAUGUUUUCCGAUUAAGUACCUAAACUAGUCAGGGUGGCGAAGCCUUUGUUGUACGAAUAAGAAACUUUCCCUUCGAUAAAGGCUAUUGAAGUUCAAUAAAUAAAUUAUUUAAAGAACAUAUGCCGUUAUGUUAUCACAACAACAGUGUCUUCUAAUUCAAUAUUUUAAACGUUUGCCAGAAAGGUGUUUGACCAUAUUUGAAGGCCUUCUUAUAAUGGGCACUGAACUCGGAGGAUUAAAAAUACAUAUACCUACUAUGACUAAAAAUCUCCCACAAACCUAUAAGAGUGUACUUAAUGGGAUAUAUGUACGUCGAGGAUGUGAAAAGGAAUUGAUAUUUCCGGGGAAGGGUCGAAAGUCUGCCCUUGAAAAUGAGCAGUAGGCCAAAUUCGGCACCAAGAUCGGGUACGCAUAGAAGGAACGAUUCUGGUAACGGUCAUCAUCGUCGAAGUUCAUCCGGGUCCGGUCACCAUCGUUCUGACUCGGCUCAGAGUUUCGACUCUGAUCAUCAGAAAGAAAGGAAACAUGGUCAUUAUAGAAAUCGGUCGGGAAUAUCUGAAAAGGUCGAGGUCAGACAAGAGCCAGUUCCCAAUGGAUCUCAAUUAUCACACCGUCCAAGUAUGCGAGGUAAUGGACAGUCACGUCCACGUCCUACAAGCCUUCUACCCAACAAACCGUUCGACACCAAUCUCGAUUCCCUGCAGCCUGAACGGGAACCUUUGCAAUUUGACGUCAAUUUGAUCGGGGCUCCAGCCGAAGUUGAACAAUUGGUCAAUAAUAUAAAGCACGUUGCUGAACAGUUCCUGUAUCAUUGGAAAACGUUCCCUAUAGUACUGCCGAGUCCGAUAUCGCAAAAGGACUCCAAUCAACCUUAUCAGAUGUCAUCCGAUGGUUCGUUAGGGCGCAUCAAAAUGAAAUACCACUUGAGGGAUUUGUUUGUUGCGCCAUCCUUUGAUGAACUUGAUGCUGUGGCUGUUGAUGGUAAAGGAGAAGCAAAAAAGCUGAGUCUGAAGCAGUUGGAGUGUGUAAGGGAAAAGGGCUUGCACAAGGAUAAAUAUGGAAAACCAAAACGAUUGAACUGCCAACAACUAGAAUCUAUAAGGCGAAUAGGAGAAUUCGAAGUAGAUUCGUUAAACUUCCCCGGUCAACAACACCGAUGGAAAUUGUCGGAAUUCUUACAAAAAGGCACCGUGAGAAGUCGCGACUCUCUUUUGAACGAUCUGGCCAUAGCUUUACGAUUACUUUUAAUAACGUCGAAAGGACGGAUCGUGUCCCACUUUUUCAGCGUCAGACAGGCCCUCAAGGCACUCUUACAAGGCUUCCUGAGAAUUAUAGAUCUUCUUAUUGGAAUUCCUAGUCUUCAAACUCAAAAUUUGGACACAAAAAUCAAAGAGGAAAGGUGUAAAUAUUUAGUCGCAGAACUUGUUUGCAGGCCAGAAAAUGAAGAAUCUCUGGAGCAUUUAUGUACAUACAUUCGAAGGCAGCUUCGAAGGGCUACUACAGAAAAAUUUGAAGUAGGCAGAGAAUGCUCUCAGCCACCUGUAGUUGUUCCUUAUCGCUUCCUAACUCCAUCAGGUGUUGAAUUAGACUUACGAUUAUGGGACAGGUCUUUAAUGCGUAAAGCAUUACCUGUUCUGGUAUCCAUUUUGGAAAAAGAAACGCGCGGUUGGUUCCUCCAUUUUAGAGAAAGGCUAAUUGCCGAAUUGAGAGCACAAAAAAUGCCCGAUGAAGACAUCGAAAGGGAAGUAAACGACGCUGUAAUGAAGGAGUAUUUGCAGAGAGUAUACAAUAGUAUUUAUGCCCAUCCGGACCUCAUAGCUUUAGGGGAGGGAGUGACCAAGUUGUUGGUCGAGCAAGCUCAGAGUGUUGUUUUAAUGCACAAGGCUAUCGAAAGUGUUCAGCUUCGUCUUUCGAAAUGUCGUGACGCUAUUAAAAAUAGAUUAUGCAACACCCAUCCAGUUUUAUCAAGGAUAGGGCCAUGGUUAAGGGUAAAACUAGAAACAGCAGAGUUGAGGUUUAUCCAAGAGAACCAAUGGAGCGCUCACGAAGAAGCGCUGACCCUUUGUAACGCCCAAAAAUUAAAUCAGACAGGAUACUUUCUGAACAAGGAUCUAGCAUUUAUGAAAGAAAGGGAGCCUGCAUUAUUGAGGGAAUUGAGAAAAGUCAAAACGCCCACGAGAAGUUUCUUGUGGCCCACUCAAAUCUGGAUGCCAUCCCAUUGGAUAGUCAGACGACUAUUCCAAGGUCAUUCUGAAGUUGUUCCUACGGUUCUUAGCAAGCAGGCUACGAGCAUAACCACGCCAAGGUCGGAUCCAAGUCAACCAGUGUUUCUGGUAGAGAAAGAGGUCGUUCGUACAACCACGACUCGCUGGCCACUCUGGCGCAUUUUCAAUUACUUCCAUCGAACGUGGUGUUGGACAUGGAACGCCAUGUUCUUCUUCGGCAUCGUCUUGCCUUGGUGUAGUCCGAUAGGUUUACGUGCUCUUUUCUGUAUCGAGCCAUUCAUGGCGGAUUUGGAGUUGUCGCAAAUCAACGGGACCCUUUUCCCACGCAAAAGUAGUACCACUGAAACGCUCACUUCUCGACUCAUAAUGCUCUGGCGACAUAUAUCAAAAUCGCGAACUUAUUUCGAAACGAAACCGGAUACCGGGUUCAUUGGGAAAGAGUUCACUCGUCAUUUGAAUCGGAUAUGGAACUACUUUUUCAAAGGUCUUUUCGGUACGAUUCUUCUCGUCGUUAUUUUUCCGAUCGUUUGCGUCGUGGUGAUAGUCAGUAGUAUUUUUAUUGCGUUGACAGCAGUUCUUUGGAUGCCCGUUUUAACGCUGGCAAUACAAGUUACGAACGCCAUAAUUUACGACCUGGACAGUCCGGAACCAAAGAGGAACAGGUUCUUUGUGAUUUUGGAAGCCCUCGUUUGGAAUAUUGGUGUUCAGGGGAUUGUUCAGCCGCUUUUUGCCUUGUUAGUUGCCUUCAUAGUGUGCCCGCUGAUUUCUCUUUUCAUUUUAACAGUUGGUAUUAUUCGCUAUGGGGUCCGAUUAUUAUGGGACACCGCAAUAUUCCACCUCAUCAUUAAGAAAAGGGGUCGCGUCCCAGCUAGUGACAGUUUUGCAGUAAAACGCGUCGCUGGGCCCGGUCUUGCCUCUGACUAUUACUUCCAAAUAAGACCCGAACAGGCUCUUGCAGCAUUCGAGGCUAAGAUUGAAUGGGACGAACUGGCUGCUUAUCAGAAUGUCAUGGAAGCCACCAUACAACAACCACAGAAGGAUUUUGCACAGUUUGUGGAAGCUUGUUUUGGAAGUUUCUCCGCACAACUUGCCAAAAAUGGACAGUACAAAGUGCUAGAAAAAGAAGCGCAAGAUCUCAUGACUGUUUUGCACGAAAAAUUAGAGAAAAGAAGGAGAGAUUUACAGACUGGCCUUAGCGUGAGUGUGAAAAGCAAGAUUAAAUUAACUACAUCCGAAUUGAAGAUUGCAAUCCAGCAAGGAGCGUUGAUGUUGGAGCGUUACUAUCCCAUAAGGAUACUUCCCAAGUUGGGAUGUACAGAAGAGGAAUUUUGGGAAAACCGUACACUUAGUUGUGGGGAUUGGGCGGGACUUGCGGCACUCCUAUAUACUGAGUUGUUUAGCUUGGACAUUUUGACGCCUUUAGAUCAUAUGGACACCAGUUUUAGACUGGAUCCAGAUCCGCAAGCUGAUCUGAGCAGAUAUUCAGAAAUGGUUCACAGUGUUCAAUUAGGGGCAGGAGGACCUGAUUUAUUAGGAAAUGUUUACACUCCUAGGGGCAACAUACAAGUGCACAGCCCAUAUCUAGAAGUAUCGGCGUUUAAUCCUCGCUCCAAAUUCUCAACUACCAGCAAAAAAUCUGAAAAGAAAUCAGAAUCUAUUUCAACGCUUAGUUCUCUUAAAAAUAAGACUGAUCAAACCCUGUGGUUACCGUGGAAGAAAAGACAUCGAAAGUACGUUCCUGACAAAUUGGUCAUUCCCCUUCCCGUCCCACAUCCAGCGCACAUCGCCGUCACGGUAUACAAUCGUGACUCUGACGAUCCUAUUCCUCUGGAAUCUGAAAUAUGCCAGGCAAUUCUAAGGGGUAUAGAGGACAGUCAUUUAUCACCUGAUGAUAACGGUAAAAACUUAAGAAUUAAUCGAUAUCGAGGUGGUGGAGAUACUUUGGACACAUACAGUUCAACCAGCUGGGACACAAUGGAGAGCGUGGGUGAUAUGGAAGAUGCUAGACAGCAAACCAACGUCAAUAAUGAUAGUCCUAAGCAGCAAAUGCAACAAGAUUCGGACGCAGUUUACCACUGGACAUUAAGGGAUUGGGGACAGCGCAAGCGCAAGAAUUCAGGGAGCGUGAAAGUGGAUCUAGCUAGUCCGGAAGAUGUCACUUUGGACAGUGACAGUUCCCGAGUCGUUUUUAGUACGUAUGGAACUACCGUAUGAUCUACUUUGUAUUUUAAUAGUAGUUAUGUAAUAGUAGAACGCUUUUCAUGUAUUGUUUUAAAUUGCCCGAUGAUAUUAUUUUUUAUGUAGUUACGUAAGUCCGACCGUUACGUAAAUAGAACCAUGACGUUAAAGUGCCAUAAUAACAAUAAUUAUUCUUAUUAUUUCUUUUUUUUUUUUAAUGUAAAAUAUUUUAUUUACUCACUAAGAAUUUUUUUUGGAU